AUGUUCAACAGUUACCCCUCCCUCUACAUCCCGGCCCUCUGUUGCCUCCACCCCUUGCGCCCUCCACCCCUGUCGCCAAGGAGUGCCCCACCCCCAGCUUCGGCAACCGAAAACCCCGCCAAACGACGUCUCUCGCCUGCACCCGACUCAGCGGCCUCCCGGCGAUCGCGGCCCAAGACACCGCGACCGACCAAUCCCGGAAACGACGCCGAAAUCGGUCCGGAAGCCAUGUCAAGCUCGGAGGGAUCGACGUCGGCCACGAUCGACAACCCCGCUGCCGCGAGAGUCCCAGCGACAGUUGCGGCGGCCACCCCGUAUGUGCGCCGCAAGCGCGCGAUUGCCGCCUGUCAGUUCUGCCGUCUGCGAAAGACGAAAUGCGACAACGUGCGCCCGGUGUGCGGGUCGUGCCGCCACCACCAGGCGCGGUGCGUCUACGCCGAUGGUUCGGAGGGGGACGGGCUGCAGGUCGGCCUCGACGAGGCCGAGAGCAGGCACCGCGAGGUCCUCGAGCGGCUGGACGACAUCCGAAACCUGCUCGCCCGCUCAUCGCACAUGUCCGAUGCGCGCGGCAGUGCGGCGCUUGAGAUGGGCUCGCACUUGUCCGGGUUGGGCACUUUGGCCGGAAACAGAAUGGGCCAGGAGAGCGCGGGUGUCGGCGGUGUUGAGACGGAGAGCGCGUCCGACCACCAGCCCUCAUCCUCGGCUACGGCAUAUUUCCAGUACACGAAGUGCGAGUCGAUUCUCAAGUGGUCCGUCCUCAGUGGCGUCAUGUCUGAUGAGGACGCUGCCAUCGACUCGUUCAUUUUCGAUGCGUACGUGCGCGGGGACGGCGAAGAGCGUGAACCAGUCCCUGAGUCCGCUGCAGGCUCGGCUUCGCCAGCUUCGUGCGGUGGCGCUGGCCAGCACCCUAAGACGACACCGUUCUUGGGCCAGAGCGUGCGCGAGCACGCCUUCGUCAUAUUAUGUCGGAAGUUUCUUGCUCUGGUCAACUAUCGAAAUCCACUCCUGGACGCCCACGACCUGCUCUCGUAUGCGAGGUCCGUGGCGGAGGAAGGACUAGGCUGGGAUGCGAAAUCUUGCUUAGUGGUAAGUCUGGCCCCCUACUCCCGCGCCUGGGCACCUCCGCCUUCUGUCCAACCUUCACCAUCUCCGGCGGCAGUGCGCCGCGACUCGGCUGUCCCACCGGACGUCAUGUCAGAGUCGGACGACGAAGCCGCCGAGGCCUAUUACGAGGCUGCCCAGAGACGUCUUGGAUGCCUCGGCACGUCGCUCGUCGACGUCCACUGCUUCUACUACGCGUGUCUCUUGGAGAAAUUCGCCUUCCGGCCGCUGCAAUCCUGGAUGUAUCUGCAGCAGGCGGCCACGCGGCUACGUGUCUACCACAUGGAGCGGCGCGGGGAAGAAAAACGCCGUCACACGAGUGGUCAAGAUGACAGCCACCACUUUGAGCAGAGGGCGUUUUGGACCAUUCGCAAGGCGGAGAGAGAGUUCGCUACGGAACUCGGCAUCACCCUCGCCAGCGACCUUACGGGCUUCGAGUACCCGGCCACCUUCUCCACUCCUCCAGAAUCCAUGAAUCACUUGUCCCCCAACGGCGACGGUGACGACACCGACAUGUCAGAUGUGUUCUCACCCCGGCGAAACGAGUCCAUCUGGUUCUUCUAUGUCACUGAGAUCUCCCUCCGGCGGACGCUUGACGAAGUCCUCUCCGUCAUAUACGAGAAGGGCGAGCAGAGCUGGAUCGAGAACAUUGACCUCGUCUGUCGGCAGUAUUACGAGUCAGAAAAGCAGAUUUCCGACUGGCAAUCCCACCUCCCCCCAUCAAUGCGCUACGACGCAGCCUCCCAACCGAACAACGAGAUGGGCUACUACCUCGAGAGCCGCCUAGAGGAGUGGAACGAAUGCAUCCUCCGGCCCCUGGUCUACUACUGCCUGCACUACCCGCCCUCCAAGCCGCCGACGCCCUCCAUCACGGCCCUGGCCCAGCGCGACAUGACCCUCUGCGUGAACUGCAUCCUGCGCUGCGCCAGCUACGACCGCCACGGCGGCACGUGGGUGGUCCUCCGCCGCGCCUUCCGCUGCACCCUCAUCAUGCUGGCCGCCGUGGUCGCCGACGGGCCCCUGCGGCCGCCCGAGAACUGGCGGGAGUUGACGCGCACGUCGAUUGCGACGCUUGCGCGCUGGUCUGUGGGCGGCGUGCGGGAUCUGCAGCGGAUGCGGAGGGUUCUAGAGCGGGUUUUCUGUGCCGUGUGCAAUCUUGAGGCCGAUAGAAUGCUGGUUGAAAGCAGGGGUGUGUGA